AUGUGUAUCAACAACAGAGCAAGGCUUGGGCCUCCAGCUGCACCUUUGCUGCUACCCAUUGUGCUGCUCUUGGCCAGCUUAGGUGUUUGCCAGGGCGAUGUAAUGAAAGUCGGCGAGGGCAUUAGCUUGCCAGCGACUGGACCGUUGCUGAAUGUGGAGAAUGCAGGCAGCUCCGAUUUGGAGCAACUCAUCGAGGCGAAACUGAACGAAUCAGCCAGCAGUCGAACAAUGCAAACACAAGAGCUACUCUCGAGGAAGCGACGCUACUUGGUAUUUCCGGAGGGCAGUUCCUUUCAAAUGGUGUUCGAUGAAAUCAUCUGUGUGGUGGACUACACGAACUAUCUGGUGCUGGGUAUAACCGUUGCGUUGGCCUGGGAAUUGCCCAGCAAGCCGCCCAGUGAAGCCAUUGAGGAUAUAUUGAACAAGCUCGAAGAUGGCACAAUAGAUGUUAGUCGCAACGAUACCGUGUCCAACAUAACCUACGUAGAUGAUACCCAAAAGGACACUGAGCAAAACAGUAACAAUAACAACAACGCAAACUACAAGCCCAACUACAUCAACUUGUCGAAUGGGGCAGCUGGCAGCAGCAGCGGGAGCAGCAGCGGUCAUAAUUCCUACUAUAGCAACUCACCUGUGUUUCGCACACCCAUGCAUCCCACCUAUCGGUACUCGGACAGCUUUUACCGACGACCCUCAGAGCCGGCCAGACGUAAGGAUAAUCACUACUACUACAGCCGUCCGGUGAGCAGCAUGCGCAAUCCCUUCCAGAGCUACUCCCAGCCCUACAGCCGGGCACCGACCACACGCUAUCCGUACUGGGCUCUCGCAUCGCAUCUAAGGAAUACGCUACGCCAUCGGAAUAGCUACUAUAGUGCAGCCAAUGGUCAGCGUCAGCGAAAUGGCUAUUAUCAACCGGCUGAGUCCGCGCAUAAGCCCAGGUCGGAGCCACGACGUCAUCACCAAAUCUAUCCGGUUUAUGGAAAACGCAGCUUGCCAGACGCAGCUAAUCCGCACCAUCGUCACCGACGCAGUGGAGUUGCCAGCGUAGCCGACUCUGAACUAACGCGCAUGGAAAACAUUCAGAUCAAAUAUCAUCGCAGCAGCCGGCAGACCUUGUACGGGAGGAUCGAAAAAUAUCUGGAUAAACGAGGUCACGACGGACAUCAGUGCGUGUUGCGUACUCUCUGCGAGACUGGUCAGAAGUCCCAUGAGCAGGAGCCCGGCAGCUUUGUCGGCGAACUGCUACGCGCGGUAUUUACCAUUCCAGAGGCACUGGACCACGAGCCUGUGGCCUACCGGGACACUCGCUAUGACAAGGCCCACGCUCAUGACGGCGACUGCGCGGCUCUCUAUCCCAAGUGCAAGAUGUCCAUCUGGGAUGCACCCUUUGUCCAAUAA